AGGCAGAAGCGGGCGGCGCGCGGACGGUCAGUCGGCGCCUGGAGGAGCUGGCCGCGGGAUUGGCUCUGGCAUUCGCGUGUCAGGCGGUUGCUAGGUUCCGGCCGCGCGCCCCGCCCUCGCGCUCGGCGCCCUCUCACCGCCCGGUACGUGCUCGCGCUGAGGCUGCGGCGCAGCGCUCGCGCUCCUUGGGCUCGGGGGCGGCAGUGGCGGCAGCUUCGCGCCGAGUCCCGGGGGAGCGGCGGCGGUGGCGGCGUCCUGGGGCCGGGAGGAGCGCACACCUGCCGCGGCCCGCCCGCUGGCGCUUGGUGAGUGUGCCGCCCUCCCCGAUCGCUGUGCCUGACUGCUUGGGCCCCUAUUCCCGCUGCUGCUGGCCGAGCCUUCCGCGGAACACCUGCUGCUGCUCUCUUUCGGCCCGGGGCGGGGACACGGCCACGGACGUCCUUGCGGGCUUUGGGUGCUCUGGGAUGGAGCAGGUGUGCAGAGGGUGAGGACCCAGCUCUGGAACCAUAUCACUUGCUUCCUUCUGUAGCAAGACUGUUGGCUUGAGGAAACUCAGGUCUGGGAUGAGGAUGUCUGUCAGCCUCCUGCUGUUGCUCCCCCUUUGGGGGAGGACCUUUUUCCUCCUACUCUUCCUGGCCAGGGCUCAGUCCCGCUGGCCCAGUGAACCCUCGGAGGCCGUCAGGGACUGGGAGAACCAGCUGGAGGCAUCCAUGCACUCAGUACUUUCGGACCUACAUGAAGCAGUUCCUACGGUGGUUGGCAUUCCUGAUGGUACGGCUGUUGUUGGGCGCUCAUUUCGAGUGACCAUUCCAACAGACUUAAUUGCCUCCAGUGGAGAAAUUAUCAAGGUGUCAGCAGCAGGAAAGGAGGCCUUGCCAUCUUGGCUACACUGGGAUCCACAGAGCCACACCUUGGAGGGCCUGCCCCUGGACACUGAUAAGGGUGUGCAUUACAUCUCAGUGAGUGCUGCACGGCUGGGGGCCAAUGGGAGCCAUGUCCCUCAGACCUCCAGUGUGUUCUCCAUUGAGGUCUACCCUGAAGACCAUAAUGAGCCACAGUCUGUGCGCACAGCCUCACCAGAUCCUGGUGAUGUGAUGUCAUCUGCCUGUACUGCUGAUGAGCCAGUGACUGUCCUGACAGUGAUUCUGGAUGCUGACCUCACCAAGAUGACCCCAAAGCAAAGGAUUGAGCUCCUGCACAGGAUGCGGAGCUUCUCAGAAGUGGAGCUUCACAAUAUGAAGUUGGUGCCAGUAGUGAAUAAUAGACUAUUUGAUAUGUCAGCCUUCAUGGCUGGUCCAGGAAAUGCAAAGAAGGUGGUAGAGAAUGGGGCUCUGCUCUCCUGGAAACUGGGCUGCUCCUUGAACCAGAAUAGUGUGCCUGACAUUCGUGGUGUGGAGGCUCCUGCUAGGGAGGGUGCUAUGUCUGCCCAGCUUGGUUACCCUGUGGUUGGUUGGCACAUUGCCAAUAAGAAACCCCCUCUUCCCAAACGAAUACGGAGGCAGAUCCAUGCCACACCUACACCUGUCACUGCCAUUGGCCCCCCAACCACAGCUGUCCAGGAGCCACCAUCCAGGAUAGUGCCCACCCCUACAUCUCCAGCCAUUGCUCCUCCAACAGAGACCAUGGCUCCUCCUGUCAGGGAUCCUGUUCCUGGGAAGCCCACUGUCACCAUUCGGACUCGAGGUGCCAUUAUUCAGACUCCAACUCUGGGCCCUAUCCAGCCUACUCGGGUGUCAGAAGCUGGCACCACAGUUCCUGGCCAGAUUCGCCCAACAAUGACCAUUCCUGGCUAUGUGGAGCCCACAGCAGUUGUUACUCCUCCCACAACUACCACCAAGAAACCUCGAGUAUCUGCGCCAAAACCAGCAACGCCUUCAACUGAUUCCUCAACCACCACGACUCGCAGGCCAACCAAGAAACCACGAACACCCCGACCAGUGCCCAGGGUCACCACCAAAGCUCCCAUCACCAGAUUGGAAACAGCCUCUCCACCUACUCGUAUCCGCACCACCACCAGUGGAGUGCCCCGUGGGGGAGAACCCAACCAGCGCCCGGAGCUCAAGAACCACAUUGAUAGGGUAGAUGCUUGGGUGGGCACCUAUUUUGAGGUGAAGAUACCAUCAGACACCUUCUAUGACAAUGAAGAUACCACCACUGACAAGCUAAAACUGACCCUGAAGCUUCGGGAGCAGCAGCUGGUAGGUGAGAAGUCCUGGGUGCAGUUCAACAGCAAUAGCCAGCUCAUGUACGGGCUGCCUGACAGCAGCCAUGUGGGCAAACAUGAGUAUUUCAUGCAUGCCACAGACAAGGGGGGCCUAUCAGCUGUGGAUGCUUUUGAGAUCCAUGUUCACAAGCGCCCUCAAGGAGACAAGGCUCCUGCAAGGUUUAAGGCCAAGUUUGCAGGUGACCCAACACAGGUGGUGAAUGACAUCCACAAGAAAAUUGCCUUGGUGAAAAAGCUGGCCUUUGCCUUUGGGGACCGAAACUGUAGCACCAUCACCCUACAGAAUAUCACCCGGGGCUCCAUUUUGGUGGAAUGGACUAACAACACACUGCCUCUGGAACCCUGCCCCAAGGAACAGAUCACAGGGCUGAGCCGCAGGAUUGCUGAGGAUAAUGGGAAACCUCGGCCUGCCUUCUCCAAUGCCCUGGAGCCUGACUUUAAGGCUGUGAGCAUUGCUGUGACAGGUUCUGGCAGUUGUCGGCACCUACAGUUUAUCCCUGUGGCGCCGCCCAAGAGGGAGCCCUCAGAGGCACCACCCACAGAGGUGCCAGACAGGGAUCCCGAGAAAAGCAGUGAGGAUGACGUUUACUUACACACAGUCAUUCCAGCUGUGGUAGUUGCAGCCAUUCUGCUCAUUGCUGGCAUUAUUGCCAUGAUCUGCUAUCGCAAGAAGCGGAAGGGCAAACUGACUCUUGAGGACCAGGCCACCUUUAUCAAGAAGGGAGUGCCUAUCAUCUUUGCAGAUGAGCUGGACGACUCCAAGCCCCCACCCUCCUCCAGCAUGCCACUCAUCCUGCAGGAGGAGAAGGCCCCUCUCCCCCCUCCUGAGUACCCCAACCAGAGUGUGCCCGAGACCACUCCUCUGAAUCAGGACACCGUGGGAGAAUACACACCCCUACGGGAUGAGGAUCCCAAUGCACCGCCCUACCAACCACCCCCACCUUUCACAGCACCCAUGGAGGGCAAGGGCUCCCGUCCUAAGAACAUGACCCCAUACCGGUCACCACCUCCAUAUGUCCCUCCGUAACCCACAAGCGCCUGGGUGGAGGCAGGGGUAGGGCAGGGGUCUGGAGACAACUUGGUGUUGUCUAUGGAGACCGGUGGCCAGCCGACCAUCGCCCACUGGUAGCCGACACCCAACCUAGCACACACUGACACAAGGGCCUGAAUAAGCCCGCCCUCUCUGAUCCUCCCAAACCCCAAAGCAGCUGGAGAGACUUUGGGGACUUUUUUAUUUUUAUUUUUUGCCUAACAGCUUUUUGUUUGUUCAUAGAAAAUUCUUCGCUGCGUUUUUGAUGGCUGGCUCUGAAAGCACUGUUUGAGUAGAGGUAGAUGGAGGGAGCGAGGAACCGUGAAUGAACUUGCAGGCAGUGCUGGGUGGCACCCAGCUCUCUGCGUUUUGCCUUUAACACUAACUGUACUGUUUUUUCUAUUCACGUGUGUCUAGCUGCAGGAUGUAACAUGGAAAACAGUAGCUAAAGAUUAAAUUCAAAGGACUUUCAAAUGUUAAGGUUAAGUUUUUACAUUUAAUCUGCUGUUUACCUAAACUUGUAUGUAUAAUUUUAGGGUGGGUAUGGGGAAUUGCUUUGCUAAAAAUAAGCUCCCAGGGUGUUUCAAACUUAGAGAAGACCAAGGGACAGUAUUUUUUAUCAAAGGAAUCCUAUUUUUUCACACUACGUCAACUUGGUUGCUCUGAUACCCAGAGCCUGAGUAGGGUCCUCCUGGCCCUGGCUCAGGGGCCAGGGCUCUGGUGCUGGGUUUGCUCUCCUGCUGUUGCUAGGGGCUGGAAGCUGGAGGGGCUCUUGGGCCCUGGACAUUCCCACCUCCCCCCCAUGCACGCUAGUGGCCCACCACCAAGGGGUCUUCAUUUCCAAGGAGAAGGGACUCCAAGAGACAGUGGUGGCUCUGGCCCCCAACCUAGGUGCUCCAAGGUGGGCCAGCCGCUUGUGGGGGCACCUGGGGAGGUCGAGGGACUCGACCACAUCAUCUAUUUUCUUUAUCCUUUCUCUGUGUCUUCCCCUCCCCGCUCCCAAAAGGAAUAUCAUUGUUUUUGGAACACUCAGUGGGGGACAUUUUGGUGAAGAUGCAAUAUUUUUAUGUCAUGUGAUGCUCUUUCCUCACUUGACCUUGGCCGCUUUGUCCCAUUAGUACAUCCCCACCCUGAUCCACCCCGACCCACCCCGACCCACCCCAUCCUUUUUCUCUGGCGCUCCAGUCCCAGGCUUGGGCCUGAACGACUGGGAAAGGUCUGGUGGCUGGGGUAGAGUGCCAGCAAUAGUUCAUAGUAAAAAUCUGUGGGCUCUCAAAGCUAAUUUUUUACUAAAGUUUUUAUACAGCCUUGAAUUGUUUUAUUAAAAAAAGAUUAAAAAUGGUGAUGCUUAUAGCAGUUUGUAUAAGCUCUUAGUGUUGAUUCCAUGGAACUGAUGGUUUUGCUCAUUUUGAUCCCUCCCUCCCCCCUUUUCCUAAUGGUUGAAUUCUGGAAUUACACUGGGGUUUUUUUUUUUUUUUUUUUCUUUUUUAGCAGAACAUCCGUCCAUCCAUCUGCAUCUCUGCCCAUGACUCAGGGGCACCCACUUUGCUUUGAUUCUCCUCCUUUGGAAGAAACCAUUUUGAGCAUGACUUUUCUUGAUGUCUGAGUUAUUUUGGGUACCUUUUGGGGAGGAAUGCCUUUCGCAAUAAUGUAUCCCUUCUCUGAUCUAGGGUGGGUGGGUGGACCCAGGCUCCCUUUGCACACGGAGCAGCAGCUACUUCUAAGCCAUAUCGACUUUUGCAGAGGAUGUGCUGCUUCAGGAGGGGAAGUCCACAGGAGGGGAAGGUCUAUUCUGCUGUUCUCCAAAGGGCAGUUCCCCUAAUGCCUUCUCCCACAGGGCCCAGCCCUCUCCUGUCCCAGCUCCCAGCAGGGUACUCUGGACCAAGCAGUACCCCUUGUGGGGGAGAGCCUGUAGAUGAGGGCUCCAUGAACAGCUGAUGACCAGGCCUUGUGCUUCCAAGCCUGGUUCAAACUGGAGUUUCCCUGAUCCCCCAGAAUCAGGAACACAAGUGGGAUCUGAACUGGUGAGAUUAUUUCUGAUGACCUUGUCAAAAAUAAAACAAUCCCCAGUGUUCCAGGUGAGGACUUUAAAAGGCCUUCCAAAUAGCUCUGUUGCCCUUAGCAACCCCACCAUUGGGCAUUGCCAUGCAGAGAUGAGGCUGGCCCAGAAUGACUUGUUGCCAUAGCAACUGGAGGCAACGGGGCAGUGAACAGAAUAACAACAGCAACAAUGCCUUUGCAGGCAGCCUCCUCCCUGAGCUCUGGGCUGGCAGUGGCUAUUGGACAGAGAGCCAAUCUCACAUUCAAGUGUUCACCAACCACUGACGUGUUUUUAUUUCCUUCUAUAUAAUUUUAAGAUGUGUUUUCUGCAUUCUGUAUAGAAACAUAUCAAAACUAAAUAAAAGCAGUGUCUUUAUUACAAUGC